AUGACCUUCCAAAAAAGAUUAUCAUCAGCAUGUUACUUACAGAUCUGUUUUCUUCAUUUUGUAUCUAUCGCCAUCCAAAUCUCUUUCUCUCUCUCUCUCUCCCUAUUAGAGAGUGGGAGUAAUUUCUUUGUAACCUUCUUCUUCUCUUCUCUGUUUUUUAAACUCUCUCUCUUUACCUCUCAUUUCUCCUUUCCUCCACUUUUCUUUAUUUCUCUCUACCCACAUCAUUAUUUUGCCCUCUUUCUCACCUUCUCUAUUUCCUUCCAUCUCUUCCUCUCUCUCUCUCCUGUUUUCUUCUCUUCUCUUCCAUUCUCACUCUUCCUCCCACUGUGCAUUAAGGAUGUUGCUAUUUUUUUUUGGCAUUUUAAUGAUCUAUUCUCAAGAGAAGUUUAUUCUCUUCUGAUUGCCAUUUCCACAAUAAGAUUUGUUUAUCGGUGCUUACGUGCCCCUCCCCACUUAAGUCGUUUUUUUGAUAUUAUACAUUAUUCUUUUCUCUCUCUCUCUCUCUCUCUCUCUCUCUCUCUCUCUCUCUCUCUCUCUCUCUGUCAAGCUAGCUAUUUAUAUCUGUUCAUUAUCGGUUUAUCUAUCUAUCUAUCUAUCUAUCUAUCUAUCUACUUCUGUUCUUUAUCUAUCAGUCUGUUCAUAUCUAUCUAUCUAUCUAUCUAUGUGUGUUCAUUAUCUAUCAGUCUGUUCAUAUCUAUCUAUCUAUCUAUCUAUCUAUCUAUCUAUGUGUGUUCAUUAUCUAUCAGUCUGUUCAUAUCUAUCUAUCUAUCUAUCUAUCUAUCUAUCUAUCUAUGUAUCUAUUAUCUAUCAGUCUGUUAUCUAUCAGUCUGUUCUAUCUAUCUAUCUAUCUAUCUAUCUAUCUAUCUAUCUAUCUAUCUAUGUAUGUUUCAUUUAUCUAUCAGUCUGUUCAUAUCUAUCUAUCUAUCUAUCUAUCUAUCUAUGUGUGUUCAUUAUCUAUCAGUCUGUUCAUAUCUAUCUAUCUAUCUAUCUAUCUAUCUAUCUAUCUAUGUGUGUUCAUUAUCUAUCAGUCUGUUCAUAUCUAUCUAUCUAUCUAUCUAUCUAUCUAUCUAUCUAUCUAUCUAUGUGUGUUCAUUAUCUAUCAGUCUGUUCAUAUCUAUCUAUCUAUCUAUCUAUCUAUCUAUCUAUCUAUCUAUCUAUCUAUGUGUGUUCAUUAUCUAUCAGUCUGUUCAUAUCUAUCUAUCUAUCUAUCUAUCUAUCUAUCUAUCUAUCUAUCUAUGUGUGUUCAUUAUCUAUCAGUCUGUUCAUAUCUGUCUAUCUAUCUAUCUAUCUAUCUAUCUAUCUAUCUAUCUAUCUAUCUAUCUAUCCUCAUCUUUGUUUAUAUCUAUCUAUCUAUCUAUCUAUCUAUCUAUCUAUCUAUCUAUCUAUCUUCCUCAUCUUUGUUUUAUAUCUAUCUAUCUAUCUAUCUAUCUAUCUAUCUAUCUAUCCUCAUCUUUGUUUAUAUCUAUCUAUCUAUCUAUCUAUCUAUCUAUCUAUCUAUCUAUCUAUCUAUCUAUGUGUGUUCAUUAUCUAUCAGUCUGUUCAUAUCUAUCUAUCUAUCUAUCUAUCUAUCUAUCUAUCUAUCUAUCUAUCUAUCUAUCUAUGUGUGUUCAUUAUCUAUCAGUCUGUUCAUAUCUAUCUAUCUAUCUAUCUAUCUAUCUAUCUAUCUAUGUGUGUUCAUUAUCUAUCAGUCUAUUCAUAUCUAUCUAUCUAUCUAUCUAUCUAUCUAUCUAUCUAUGUGUGUUCAUUAUCUAUCAGUCUGUUCAUAUCUAUCUAUCUAUCUAUCUAUCUAUCUAUCUAUCUAUCUAUCUAUCUAUCUAUCUAUGUUCAUUAUCUAUCAGUCUGUUCAUAUCUAUCUAUCUAUCUAUCUAUCUAUCUAUCUAUCUAUCUAUCUAUGUGUGUUCAUUAUCUAUCAGUCUGUUCAUAUCAUCUAUCUAUCUAUCUAUCUAUCUAUCUAUCUAUCUAUCUAUCUAUGCGUGUUCAUUAUCUAUCAGUCUGUUCUUAUAUCUAUCUAUCUAUCUAUCUAUCUAUCUAUCUAUGUGUGUUCAUUAUCUAUCAGUCUGUUCAUAUCUAUCUAUCUAUCUAUCUAUCUAUCUAUCUAUCUAUCUAUCUAUCUAUCUAUCUAUGCGUGUUCAUUAUCUAUCAGUCUGUUCAUAUCUAUCUAUCUAUCUAUCUAUCUAUCUAUCUAUCUAUCUAUCUAUCUAUGUGUUUUCAUUAUCUAUCAGUCUGUUCAUAUCUAUCUAUCUAUCUAUCUAUCUAUCUAUCUAUCUAUCUAUCUAUCUAUCCAUCUAUGUGUUUUCAUUAUCUAUCAGUCUGUUCAUAUCUGUCUAUCUAUCUAUCUAUCUAUCUAUCUAUCUAUCUAUCUAUGUGUGUUCAUUAUCUAUCAGUCUGUUCAUAUCUAUCUAUCUAUCUAUCUAUCUAUCUAUCUAUCUAUCUAUCUAUCUAUCUAUGCGUGUUCAUUAUCUAUCAGUCUGUUCAUAUCUAUCUAUCUAUCUAUCUAUCUAUCUAUCUAUCUAUCUAUCUAUGUGUGUUCAUUAUCUAUCAGUCUGUUCAUAUCUAUCUAUCUAUCUAUCUAUCUAUCUAUGUGUGUUCAUUAUCUAUCAGUCUGUUCAUAUCUAUCUAUCUAUCUAUCUAUCUAUCUAUCUAUCUAUGCGUGUUCAUUAUCUAUCAGUCUGUUCAUAUCUAUCUAUCUAUCUAUCUAUCUAUCUAUCUAUCUAUCUAUGUGUGUUCAUUAUCUAUCAGUCUGUUCAUAUCUAUCUAUCUAUCGAUCUAUCUAUCUAUCUAUCUAUCUAUCUAUCUAUCUAUCUAUGUGUGUUCAUUAUCUAUCAGUCUGUUCAUAUCUGUCUAUCUAUCUCUAUAUCAGUCUGUUCAUAUCUAUCUAUCUAUCUAUUCAGAUCUAUCUAUCUAUCUAUCUAUCUAUCUAUCUAUCAGUCUGUUCCUAUCUAUCUAUCUAGCGAGCUAGCUAGCUAUCUAUGUGUGUUCAUUAUCUAUCAGUCUGUUCAGAUCUAUCUAUCUAUCUAUCUAUCCCAGUCUGUUCAUAUCUAUCUAUCUAUCCCAGUCUGUUCAUAUCUAUCUAUCUAUCUAUCUAUCUAUCUAUCUAUCUAUCUAUCUAUCUAUCUAUCCCAGUCUGUUCAUAUCUAUCUAUCUAUCUAUCUAUCUAUCUAUCUAUCUAUCUAUCUAUGUUUUCUUGCUGUUAAUCUAUCUAUCUAUCUAUCUAUCUAUCUAUCUAUCUAUCUAUCUCUAUCUAUCCCAGUCUGUUCAUAUCUAUCUAUCUAUCUAUCUAUCUAUCUAUCUAUCCCAGUCUAUUCAUAUCUAUCUAUCUAUCUAUCCCUAUCUAUCCCAGUCUGUUCAUUCAUAUCUAUCUAUCUAUCUAUCUAUCUAUCUAUCUAUCUAUCACAGGGUAUUUAUAUCUAUCUAAUUUUAAUCAUUAUCGCAAAAUCAGGAAAUUUGUUAGAGGGAAAUCUGUUCAAAGUGAGGCCAGUUGAGAUUAUCUAUCUAUCUAUCUAUCUAUCUGCCUCAGACUGUUCAUACAAAUCUAUCUCAGUCUGUUCAUCUAUCUAUCUAUCUAUUUAUCUAUCUAUAUAUCUGGCUGUCUCAGACUGUUCAUACAUAUCUAUCUAUGUCAGUCCAUUCAUAUCUAUCUAUCUAUCUAUCUAUCUAUCUAUCUAUCUAUCUAUCUAUCUAUCUAUCUCAGUUCAUAUCUAUCAAUCUAGUUGUCUCAAAUUGUUAAUAUCUAUCUAUCUAUUUAUCUAUUUAUUUAUUUAUCUCAGUCAGUUCACAUCUAUCAAGCAGGCAGCUAUCUAUCUAUCUCAGUCUAUUCAUAUCUAUUUCUCUCUCUCAAUAAAUAUGUGUCACUCUAUCUUUCUGUCACUCACUCACUCUUUCUCUCUCUUAUUCACUCUCUCUCUUUUUCACUCAAUCACUCUCUCUGACUCUCUUUCUCUCAUUCUCUCUCACUCACUCACUCACUCUCUCUCUCACUCUCUCUCUCUCACUCUCUCUCACUCACUCUCUCUCUCACUCAUUCACAGUCUCACUCAGUCAUGCUCUCACUCUCUCAUUCACUCACUCUCUCUCACUCACUCUCACUCUCUCUCUCUCUCAAUCAUUACACUCAUUUACAUAAUAAUUAUCCUUAUUACAAGGAAGGAUGUUUUUGUUAACUUGACUUGUCUGUGUGUCUGUCUGUCUGUCUGUCUAUCUAUCUAUCUAUCUAUCUAUCUAUCUAUCUAUCUAUCUAUCUAUCUCAGUCCUUUUCAUAUCUAUCCCAGUCUAUUCAUAUCUAUCUAUCUAUCUCAGUCUGUUCAUAUCUAUCUAUCUAUCUAUCUAUCUAUCUAUCUAUCUAUCUAUCUAUCUCAGUCUGUUCAUAUAUAUCUCCAUCUAUUCAUAUCUAUCUAUCUAUCUAUCUCAGUCUGUUCAUAUCUAUCUAUCUAUCUAUCUCAGUCUGUUCAUAUCUAUCUAUCUAUCUAUCUAUCUAUCUAUCUAUCUAUCUAUCUAUCUAUCUAUCUAUCUCAGUCUGUUCAUAUAUAUCUCCAUCUAUUCAUAUCUAUCUAUCUAUCUAUCUAUCUAUCUAUCUAUCUAUCUCAGUCUGUUCAUAUCUAUCUAUCUAUCUAUCUAUCUAUCUCUUUCAGUCUGUUCAUAUCUAUCUAUCUAUCUAUCUAUCUAUCUAUCUAUCUAUCUAUCUAUCUCAUCUGUUCAUAUAUAUCUCCAUCUAUUCAUAUCUAUCUAUCUAUCUAUCUAUCUAUCUAUCUAUCUCAGUCUGUUAAUAUCUAUCUAUCUAUCUAUCUGUUUCAGUCUGUUCAUAUCUAUCUAUCUAUCUAUCUAUCUAUCUAUCUAUCUAUCUCUAUCUAUCUCAGUCUGUUCAUAUAUAUCUCCAUCUAUUCAUAUCUAUCUAUCUAUCUAUCUCAGUCUGUUCAUAUCUAUCUAACUAUCUAUCUAUCUCAGUCUGUUCAUAUCUAUCUAUCGAUCUAUUGA